GUUGCAUUGAUAUCCGCAUUUUACCAUCUUCCAAGGUCGCCGCAGCUUUUCAGUCGCAUCUCUGAAAAUCUGCGUGGAGGUGCUGAAAGCCACGAUCAGUAUAUCGCUUUCUUGCUGUUGCUUCGUGGUGCGACAGCAGUCCUUGUUGCUCGCCUUCCACGAGGACGAUCAUCACGCCCCUCCUUUUUUCUUUAAGUAUCCUCCUAGCCCAUUUUCCUUCAUUACUGUAGCAAUCGUCUGCCCUUCUCUUCCACACCGCAUUAGAAGGAAACAACCCGCAUGUUCCGUCCUUCUCUCCUUCACUUGAAGGUGCCCUUCCCGGUGCUGCGCAGCGCCGGCGCUUUCCCGCGCUUCGACCUCUGCGUCAUCGGCGGCGGCCCCGGCGGCAUCGCGGCGGCCAUGCGGGCGGUGGACUACGGCAAGUCUGUCUGCAUCGUCGAGGCGGAUCACUUGGGCGGCGCCGACCUGUGGGGCGGCACGGUGCCCUCCAAGAUGAUGUGGCAGAUCGCUGACUUCGCAUCUACGCUAACUGACUCCGCCUUCACGAGCGACCUGCUCGACCAGGGCGACGCACGCCGCAUCGUCAGCGGCAUCCCGAGCGAGCGCAUUACAGCGCUGACGCAGAAAACCUGUGCCGAGAAGGAGGCGGAGUGGCGCCACUUUUUAGAGGUCGCGGGGGUGCAGGUCAUCGCCGGCAAGGCCUCUUUUGCGAGCCCGCACGAGGUCGACGUGCACACCAAAGGCACGGGGGAGUACCGCGCCCUCCAGGCAGACAACUUUCUCAUCGCCACCGGCUCGCGUCCGCGCAGCCACAGCCUCGCCGUGUGUGACCACGUCCACAUCGUCAACUCCAGCGACGUCUUCCAGCUGCCCGUGCCGCAGAGCAUGGUGGUGAUUGGCGCCGGCCCGAUGGGCUGCGAGGUGGCUUCGAUGUACGCCAAGCUGGGGCGGACAAAGAUUUAUUUGAUCGACAAGGCGGCCCGCAUUCUGCCGAAGGAGGACGAGGACGUGGCCAUGUACGUGCAGAAGCACCUCAUCCAACGCGGCGUCAUCAUCCACCACGACUGCCGCUUAUUCGAUUUGGAGUCCGUGGACGGGGGGUGCCAGUACGCGGUGCGGAACAUUUGCACUGGCGGCAUCGAGACGUACCACGUGGAGCGGGCGAUGGUGGCGGUGGGCCGCGUGCCGAACCUCGAGACGCUGGGCCUGGAAAACACGGAGAUGCGCGUCGUGAACGCCAUGCUGGACCGCGACGAGUACGGUCGGUGCAAGCCGUACAAGCACAUCUUCUGCAUCGGCGACGCCGCGGGCAGGCAGAAGACGGUGAACAUCGCCCACGCGGCGGGGCAGGCGGCGGUGGACACGAUGUUCGGCUGCUCGCCGCGGCAGGCGGUGAACGCGUCUGCGCUGUCCAACGUGGCGACGAACAUGUUUUUGGAGAACGAGGUGGCGGGCAUUGGCUUGAACGAGGAGCAAUGCCGUGCAAAGGAGAUUAGCUACAGUGUCGCGAAGCUGGAACUGAAGCAUCUCACGCGGUCCGUCAUGAUGGGCCGCUCGGACGGCUUCGUGAAGCUCAUUGUCACGAACAAUCGCGAGAAGCGAGUACUGGGUGUGCGGGCGGUGGGGCCACACGCCGGCUCUGUGGUGGAGGUGGCAUCACUGCCGAUCCGCAACAACGAGUCCGUCUACGCGAUGCUGAAGCAUAAACCCGCCUAUCCGUCCCUCGUGGAGGGUGUGACGGAGUGUGCGGCAAUGCUGGUGAGCCGCAACCAGCGCCGGUCGGACGUGGUGGACCGAAUCAGCAUCAAGACAUGGCAACCCGAUGCGCGGGUCCCGUCCGUGUAG